AAUACAAAAAUUAAACGAUGUCGUAUAGCUGGUAUUCUCAUUUACUUCAAAAUCAAGAACCUUGGUCUAGGGUUUUAACCAUCUGUGAGAACUGAGAAGUUAAGAGAAACAAAAAUGGUGUUGUCGAAUAAGAAGCUGAAGCAAAAGCUAAGAGCAGAACUAUUGGCAAAAAGGGUAGCCGAAUCCGAAACGGAUAAGAAAAAACCAGAUUCGAAUUCGGAGCCCCAAUCCCUGAAAUCACUCCUAGACUCAGUAACUCAGAAACCCAGGUUGUCAAAGCGAGAAAAAAGAAGAAAAAACAUUCCUUUUUUAAUAGGGUCCAACCAGGAAGCUGAAGAAAAUGGAGAAGAGGGUGAAGAAGAUAAAGUACAAGGUAACAGUGAGGAGGUUGAAAAUAAGAAGAAAAAGAAGAGGAAGAGAGAGGAGAAGGUGAAAGAGGAUAAAACGACGUCGGAGAAUAAGGAAAAUAAUAAGAAUAGUAAGAAGAAGAAGGCAAAGAAUAAGAAGAAAAAGAAGCCGAAGAUUGUGAGUGAAGAGCAAGGGUUUGUGCAGUUUGAAAAUGCGACUGAAAGCCAGGUGAGGAUGGAUGUGGCCACAAAAGUAUAUGUUGGAGGCAUUCCAUAUCGCUAUACCGAGGAUGAUAUUCGGUAUUAUUUUGAAAGUUGUGGCACCAUAACUGAUGUUGAUUGUAUGAAGUUCCCUGACACCGGGAAGUUUAGAGGAAUUGCAAUUAUUAGUUUCGAGACAGAAGCAGCAGCAAAAGAAGCCUUGGCUCUUGAUAGAGCUGAAAUGGGAGGAAUGCAGCUAACAAUUCAGCCUUACAAAUCCACUCGAGCCAAUAAAGCGACUGGUUUUGCCCCGAAGAUGGUGGAGGGAUACAACAGAAUAUAUGUUGGAAAUUUAUCUUGGGAUAUUACUGAGGAUGAUUUGAAGAGGUUUUUCUCAGAUUGCAACAUAUCAUCUAUACGCUUUGGCACGAACAAGGAAACAGAGGAAUUCCGAGGCUAUGCUCAUGUGGAUUUCUCUGAUAGUGUCUCGGUAGCCAUGGCAUUGAAAUUGGACCAAGAAAUUGUGUGUGGUAGACCUGCCAAGAUAAGUUGUGCAGUUCCUAAGAAUGGAGUUAAAACUCAAUCAAGGUCUGAUCCUACAAGUAAUGAAGUCCGUAAAAAGGACAAAGGAGCUUUUAGUGUUGAAGCACCUGUGAGUGUCGAAGCACCUACGGUUAAUGAAGUUGAUGAUGGUUGCUCAAGUGUUAUCAGUGGUAAGUUGAGGAGAAGGACGUGCUAUGAGUGCGGACAAAAGGGCCAUGUUUCUUCUGCUUGCCCAAAAGGAUCUGUGAGUGUUGAAGCACAUACAGUUAAUGAAGUUGGUGGUUCGAUGGUUAAUGAAGCACCUACGGUUAAUGAGGUUGAUAACGGUGGCUCAAGCAUUACCAGUGGUAAGUUGAGGAGAAGGACAUGCUAUGAGUGCGGACAAAAGGGCCAUAUUUCUUCUGCUUGUCCAAAAGGAUCUGCGAGUGUCAAAGCAACUGUGAGUGUCAAAGCACCUACAGUUAAUGAAGUUGGCAACGGUGGUUCAACGGUUAAUGAAGCACCUACGGUUAACGAAGUUGCUAAUGAUGGCUUGACCGUUAGCAGCGGGAAAUUGAGGAGAAGGACAUGCUACGAGUGCGGACAAAAGGGUCAUAUCUCUUCUGCUUGCCCAAAUAAGAAAUCUGCAGAAACAACAAAUACAAACACAAAUUGACCAUUAAUGGAAGGUUUUUUAUUUUUUUUCUCCUAUCACUUGAAUUACUGCUACUAUUUACAUGUGAGUCCUGCUGUACUUACAAAUUGGUAAAAUUUUGAGGAAAAAAUAGAUGCUAUUUAUAUGAGCUUCAACCAUUGAAUUUUUGGAAGCUUCAAAGGCUGUCAAAA